AUGUCGACAAAUAUUAAAACAAGAAAUAGAUCUCAGCCAAUUGAUAAUGAUAAGUUUCAAGAGAUGAUGAGUGCCUCACUCACAACAAAGAAGAGAGUUAGAGUUACAAAGAAGAAAGCUGCAACUUUAUCAUCAUCUGAUAAUGAGGAUACUGUUAUGACUACUACACCCAUUGAUUUAAAUAAUGAAAUUGAAGAAACCACUACCACCACCACAACUUUAAAUACAGAAACCAAUAAUAAUGAUAAAAAUACACCAAUAGUUGUUAAAGAAGAACCAAACGAAGUUAAAAAGGAAUCAAGUUUAGGAGAAAUGUCAAAUGUUAGAAGAUCUGUAGAAAGAGUUGUUGGAAAGCCUGUUUCAGGUAGAGUUUGGAAAGCUAAAUCAGAAAAGAAAUAUAAUGUAAUUAAAUCAAAAGGUUUCAAAACUACAUGGGAAGAAAAACAAAAACAAAGAGAAAUGAAAAAGUUGAUUAAACAAAAGGAAGAUGCAAUCCGUGGUGCUACCAAAGAGGAAAAACAAAAGGUAGCUGCCGCCGCAAAAGAAAGAAAGAAAAUUAGACAAGCAAAUGAGAAGAAGAGUGAACAAUAUCAAGUUAUUACAAAUACACAAAAAUUGAAAAAACUUACAAAGAAACAAAAGAAAUAUAUCAAGAUGUUAUAA